CACGGUAGUGUAACAUGUUUGAAACUUUACAGUACCAACUUCUUGUUCCGACUAUCAGAUUUCGUCACGGACUUCACUUUACACGCUCCCCCUAGAACUCGAAGCAUCUUCAAUUUCGACACGAAACGCUACUUAUUGCGUCAGCUUUAGAAAUGACACAUCCUUAUGGAAUCCGAUCUAUUGCUUUGUUAAAUACUUCAUAUAUCGGAAACACAUCAAAGCAUGUAUCAGAAGAGUUCUUGUUUUUAGAAUCUAAGUGGGCUCAAGUAUUUACAGGACUAGUUGCUUUUACCGCAAUUGUCAUUACCUGCCACCAAAUUUAUUUGCAUCUAAUUAAUUAUACUUGCCCAAAUGAACAGAGAUGGGUCGUGCGAAUUUUAUUCUACGUCCCAAUCUAUGCAUUUGAGUCAUGGCUAAGCUUGCUUUUCCUAAAACAUGAAGAUUACUAUGUGUAUUUCGAUUCUGUACGAGAUUGUUAUGAAGCAUUUGUGGUCUAUAGUUUUCUAAGUUUGUGUUAUGAAUAUCUCGGUGGAGAAAGUUGCAUUCUGUCGGAAAUUCGUGGUCGUGAGUUACCACGAUCAUGGGGAUAUUGUACUUGUUGCUUUUAUAAUCAAACGUAUACAAUUGAAUUUCUGCGAUUUUGCAAACAGGCAACUUUACAGUUUUGUGUGGUCAAACCGUUGACAUCGAUUGUAACUAUUAUUCUACAAGCUAUUGGCGUAUAUAAACAUGGAAUUUUCAGCGCUACGAAUGGCUACUUAUAUGUGACAGUAGUAUAUAAUGGGUCUGCAUUUGUGGCACUUUAUGCUUUACUUUUAUUCUACUUGGCCACUCGAAGCAUCCUACAACCAUUUGAUCCUGCAAUCAAAUUUGCUGUAGUUAAAUCCGUUGUAUUCUUAUGCUUUUGGCAAGGUAUUAUACUAGCUAUUCUAGAAAAGACUGAAGUUCUUCCCGCUUUGCCGAAUACAAACGCCGGUACAGUUGCAGCAGGCAUACAGAAUUUCCUGAUAUGCUUAGAAAUGUUAAUCGCCUCGGUUGCUUUACGCUUCGCUUUUCCCUCACAACUAUAUAUUGAUGGAGUCGGAACUGGACCAGCAAAUAGUGGCUAUGAUAGUCUUGGUGGAGUUGUUGGUGAAGUUUCUCUUGAAUCCAAGAUGCGUGGAUUUCUACCGUCUUCUGAUUCUCUACGUAGUCUGCGGGAUACAUUCAAUCCUAAGGAUGUGUUUAAUGAUGCGAUUCAUAAUUUUCAUCCGAAUUAUCAAAAAUACACUCAACAACGUAACCUCAAAGAUUUCGAUGAUGAAACAAUCGAUUCUUAUCAAGAUAAUACAUUUAGUGGUAAUAGUGAUCUAAAUAAUAUUCAAUCAACAGUACCAGCUCCACCAAUACCACCGCCACCAAGACCGUAAUCCAAUUAAAUCAUUUACUUACACUAAUUGCUUUGAUAUUAAAGAAGCCAGAUAAUCUCUCCUGUUUUUGUUUCUCGCGGUUUUUUUUCUUUAUAUUCACUUUGGUAUUAGAUAUUGUUUCGAUGUGUUUUUAUUUAUCAUGUAUAUCUAUCUAUGUGCGUGUGUGUUGUUUAUACUUUUGCUUUUACUUUAUGUUCAUAUCAAAUGAUCUUGUUGUUAGUCCUGUUUCAUUCUCUAUAGAUUUAUUUUAUCAUAUUAACUUGUCGCUUUAUUUAUGAUUACAUGAUAGAUAAUGACCCAAGCAUUCAUAGAUUUUUUUUUCUUUUCAUUUUUUGUAAUCAUUACUUUCGCAAAUUAAUUAAUAUACACUAUAUUGUUUGACUUUUACUUUGCCUAUUUAUCUCCCUACCGUUGUUUAUUUUAUUUCCAAUGGCUAAAUCAGAGAAAAUAAGUUACAUUCUGUUAUUUUUGUCUACUCUAAACAAGCACUGCUCAUAUAUUUCAUACUACGGAAUAAUCGGAAGAUUUGUAUUAGGAAGGAAGUUUUACUGUACAUAAAUUAAUAUAUACCAGUAAAUCAAACAGAAUAUUUUUCGUAUUCAUCUAAUCUCAUUUGACCGUUACCUACAGUGAAAGUUAUUCUUAGGCAUUUUUAUUUUGUCAUGUUUUCUUUUUUAAAAAAUCUUGUUACUACAAACAUUUAAACUUCUUCCUCAGAACAUACAUUUGUUUAAUUCUUUCCAAUAUGGUAGUAUGUGAAUGAUUACUUAUUUACCCCUUGACAGGAUUCACUUUGUGGAUUGUUUGAGAAUAUUGUUUUGUUCGUCUUACAUACUUUUCAUUUGUUUGUCUUCGUGUGUUUAUAUCCAUCCCCGUGUUUCUAUUAUAGCUGCAUGUGCUAGUAUGUAACACUGGCAGACAUUGUUUUACUAGUAGAUUUAAGUUUUUGUUGUUUUGUCAUCACUAUUGAUUUUAAGGUUAUUCUUCAUAAUAUCAACUGUGUGUAUGAUAUUAUCCAUCGUUUUCAUAAUAAAUAAAUUUGUACUAGUCAA